GUACGAAACGAUGCAUCAGGACGCAGUGUUAUGGUUCUGACAGUAGGAUUCUCGGGUUAUCAUCGACGCUAAUUUGAUUUGUUCGGUGACACUGGAUGCGAUGUUCUAUUGGGUUGAAUUUAAUGAGUAUGAGUGAAUCAGAUGGAUAAUUUCAGAGAAAGCAACAAUAAUUCCUCAACGUCUCAGCCUUCGUCUUGUUUCUGAAUGAUGACGGUGGUUUAUGGGCAAAGAUAUUUGCUCUGGCUUUGGGCUUGAAAGAAUCCAGCUUUCAGGUAAAACUUUUCAGUGUCCACAAUGCCGGAGAAAACAAGGUACAAUUUGGUGGAUGAUGCGCAAGACCUUAGGAUUCCGAUGCACGAUGAGGACGCAUUCAAGCGCGGCGUGAUGUUUGAAGUGAAGUAUAUUGGCAGCUUGGACGUUGUGAGACCCAAUAACCGGAUGGACAUACUGGCAGCGAUGAGAAGAAUACGUUAUGAGUUCAAAGUGAAGAACAUUAAGAAGAAGAAAGUCAGUUUAAUGGUGGCUGUAGAUGGAGUCAAGGUCAUGUUUCAGACCAAAAAAAAGAUCAAAGACAGGACAUGGGAUGACAGCCACCACAUAACUCUGAUCCAGGAUCCUAUUUACAGGAUCUUCUAUGUCUCUCAUGACUCUCAAGAUCUGAAAAUCUUCAGCUAUAUAGCCCGAGAUGGCCAGAGCAAAGUGUUCCGUUGCAACGUCUUUAAAUGUAAGAGAAAGAGCCAGGCCAUGGAGAUUGUGCGGACUGUUGGUCAGGCUUUUGAGGUUUGCCACAAGCUGAGUCUGGAUGACACUGAUGGGCAGAACAUAUUAGCUUGGAUGGAGAAAACAGAGGAAGAAGGGGACCCUGUGUCGGCGAGCACAUCAGAGGACUCAAGCCGUAGUGUGAAGGACCCCAAGAAGGAGAAGAAGGAUGCGGCGGUCACCACGGAAACCCCAGGAGGACGGGCCCAGUGGGGCGGCCUGGCAGCGGAGGAGUCCACCCUGUCAGCAGAGCACCACAUCCAGCUGCUACAGAGGCAGCUGCUGCAGCAGGAGCAGAAGACCCAGGCAGCCAGCUCCCAGGUGGCGCUGCUCCAGCAGCAGGUGCAGGUGGAGGUGGCCGCCAGGGUGGAGGCGCAGGGCCGGGCGGAGCAGCUCCUGCUCCAGAACGCAGAGCUCCUGCAGCACCUCUCGCUGCUGGUCAAACACGUGCAGGAGCUGGAGCUCCGUGUGUCCGCGCGCUCCCCCCUGGGCUCACAGGACAGCCUCCUGGAGAUCGCUCUCCGCCCCACCAUGCCAUCUGUGUCGCGGGGCGCCCCCCCGCCGUACCCCUCUGCCCUCAUGCAGGACGGCCUGCUGGGAGUGGACGCCCGCCCCAUCCAGCUGCAGAACUUCCACUUCCUCCCGGGCCCGACCCAGCAAGACCACAAGAUGGGCAAGGACGAGGACCAGGACCAAGACCACGACUCCGGUCAGGGGGACGUCGAGGAGGUGUCCCCCGUAGACGGCUCCCCCCGGCGGGAAGAGUUCCUCUUCGCCGGCCUAGAGGUGCGGGGCUUCAGGGAGUCGGGCAUCGCCUCGGAGUACGAGUCCAACACGGACGAGAGCGACGAGCGCGACAGCUGGGGUCAGGGCGAGGGGUCCGUGCUCCUGCUGAGCGAGCUGAGGGAGGAGGCCGCGUCCACUGCAGGGAGGGGGGACGUGUGAGCCGAGCGGAGCGGAGACAGCAGACCACCAGCAACACUGAGAGAUCCAUACAGUAGCGUUUCCACUUACUAAUGUGUUCUGACACGCUUUGUUCCCAAGCAACAACUGAAGCAGUGUAGCUUAGUGUAAAGAAGGUGUUAGAUAUCAGCCUCAUUGUACAUUCUCAGUCUCUCAGUCUUUAAUGUCAAGUGUUAGUCAAACGACAACAUGUCAGAGCCACAAGUAAACAAACAUGAAAAUGCAAUGCUGCCAUUUCCCUGUGCUGUGGCCACAGUGGGCCGCUCUGCCUGUGGUGCUUCUCCCUCUCAGGGUCCCACUCUCUCUGAGGCAAUGCAUGAUAGCGCACUGUACUGUACAUGGCUAACGAUCUCUGCUCUUACUUUGACACAUCACUAGCUGACUGUUUCAUGUUUCUGUGCUGAUUGCAUUAGUGUAUCAUUGUUUUGAGUAACAGUAACACUGAGUUUUUCAGACUGUAUGUGAAGAUUUUAACUCCUCUUGCCAGCCAAUUCUUUGUCCUAUGUCUGUGUUCACAGUUUGAUCUGUCUCUGUGUCAUUUCUUGUCACUGUCCUGAUAUUUACGGUCUGAUAACAGUUCAGUGUGAUGCCUGGAGAAUUACCGUAGCAUGCAUCAGAAUGCUUCACUGUUAUUUGAGUUUCAGAGUUAUCUGGAUCCCAAAAGCUGUUCAGUGCUGGGUAACAGUUACCCCUUCCCUGUUAACACAUGUCUGCACAGACCCUUGUGUUGUAGUUGAUUGCUUCUAAUAUGUAUAUUU